GGAAGGCCAGGGGGAGGCUCCUGGCACCUGGGGGGCAGGAAUCCCAGGCAUGUGGCCCUGAGCCUGUGUUUCCAGAGGCUGGGCCUCCUCCCCGCGGCUGGGAGGCUGGGAGGACCCCAAUCCAGACGUGGGACCCUGGGGUGGCCUGAUGGGCAUCUGAGGGUCCAGUGGCUGCUCUCCCUCAGCCCUGGCUCUGGCGGUGGAGCCAGGCACGGGCCUGCCCCACACCAGAGCCCACCCAGCCCCCUCCCUGUGAUGGGCUGGACCGCUGGGAGGGUGGAGGGAAAGGUGGCGGGAGCGUUUACAGGUCUUUCCAGCUGGCAGCCUGACUAACCAGCUCCUCCAGGCUGGGGGUGGGGUGCAGCCCCAGGCGCAGACCAGCCCCUGACCUCUGGGGUACAGGCUGGUGGCAUGGGGCUCCUCCGGAGGCAGCCUCCCCUGGGGCCGGUGCCGCUCCUCAUCCUCCUCUCGGUGCUGAGCUGUCUUGGGCCCAGCCUGAGCCUGGAUCUGAUCCCCUACACGCCGCGGGUAACAGCCUGGGACCUGGAAGGGAAGGUCACGGCCACGACCUUCUCCCUGGAGCAGCCUCGCUGUGUCCUCGACGGACAUGCCAGUGCCGGAGACACCGUGUGGCUGGUGGUGGCCCUCAGCAAUGCCUCCAGAGGCUUCCAGAACCCACAGACCCUGGCCGAGAUCCCGGCCUCCCCACAGCUGCUGACUGACGGCUACUACAUGACGCUGCCCCUGUCCCUGGACCAGCUGCCCUGUGAGGACCCCGCUGGGGACAGUGGAGGUGUCCCUCUGCUGCGGGUGGGCAAUGACCAUGGCUGCCACCAGCCGCUCUACUGCAACACCCCCCUCCCCAGCCCUGGACCUUACCGCGUGAAGUUCCUCGUGAUGGACAUCAGGGGCUCACCCAAGGCCCAGACCAGGUGGUCGGACCACAUCACUCUCCACCAAGGGAAGGCCCCAGGCUCCAUCGACACGUGGCCAGGACGGCGAAGUGGCGGCAUGAUCGUCAUCACCUCCGUCCUCUCUUCUCUGGCCGGCCUCCUGCUCUUGGCCUUCCUGGCAGCCUCCACUGUGCGCUUCUCCAGCCUGUGGUGGCCCGAGGAGGCCCCCGAGCAGCUGCGGAUCGGCUCCUUCAUGGGGAAGCGCUACAUGACGCACCACAUCCCGCCCAGCGAGGCUGCUACCCUGCCCGUGGGCUGCGAGCCUGGCCUGGACCCCCUCCCCAGCCUCAGCCCCUAGCCUGGCCCGGGACACAGCACUCAUUCCCUGCCCUGCGCCCAUGUCCCCCAGCCCUGUGCCUCUCCCCCCAGCACAGCCCUGUCCUGCCUGGACCCGCCCCAACCCCCUCUUAGCAGCCCUGCUUCGGCCUGGCCGUUUCUCUCCCUCUCCAGCACCUGUAAGUUGCAUUCGGGAGAGUUCUGGGGAGGGCCGUCCCCACCUCUGCUCUGCCUGACCUCCUGCGAGCAAGGCUGGAGCAGUGGACGGAAGCUUCCAGACCCCAGGAGGAGGCCUACCCAGGACGUGGUCUGCCCAGUGCAGGGGGCUGGCUCAUCAUGAGACAUAUGAGGCCUGAGCCACCCUCUGUCCCUCUGUCCCCAUCAGUGGCUGAGGCCGGAGUGAGGUCUUCAGAGGCACCUCCUCUGUCCCUGGCACAGCCCCUCACGAGGGGGACCCGCCUGCCAGAAGGUCAGACAGUGCUACCGAUUCUGGCCACCACUUCCAACCCCCUCGUGUACACGGGUGGCUCACGCGCUUAUCCACUCACUUCACAAGCAUUGAUUGAGCACCUGCUGUAUGCCACACAGUGUUAGCCAUGGGGCUUCAAGCAUAGCCAGUCCUGACCUUGGGUGGCUCACCACUCUGGACCUCAGAUGACCACACGUCCAGAUGUGACCUGUUACUGUUGGGGGGCUGUCGCACCCUGGACUGUCAGCCCAAUGCGUUCGCUGGGGCCAAGCGUCCGUCUGUCCGCAAGGCCGGGGGUUCCCACCAUCGCCACACGGGGGCGCCGGGGCGCCGCAGUCAGGCCGCCGCACGGCCCGCGAGCAUGCGCACUGCUAUUCCUGGCCCUUCCCUCCCGGGGCUACCUGGAGUCCGGAGCCGGCGCCGCUGCGCGGGGUCUGCGGAAGACAAGAGUCCAGGCCACCUUCUGCCGAGCCAGAGAGGGGUGAGCAGUCACGCUCCCGCCUGAAAGCCAACUGUGUACCGUCUGAUCCAUACAGCCACAGCGAUUUUGUAGGUGGAGAAACUGAGGCUCGGCGACUUGCCCACCGCACCCCGUGCCCCUCUGGGCCGCCCUCCCAGGUCCUCUGGUCUGACCACACCCCGGUGGGGGCCCUUGGGCUGCAGCCCCGUUUGGAGGUGAAUAAAGGUGGUCUGGCUCCUC